GCCGUCCCACAAUACCAGGCGGGAGGGCGGGUAGGCGGUUUGUAUCCGGGCUGUGAGGUGCUCCGAGGCUCCGCGGACCUUGCUGCCUCUGUCUCUUUAACGCGAGAGGAAGCGAUGCGGAGGGGUGGAAAAUGGCAGAGCUGCAGAUGUUACUAGAGGAGGAGAUCCCGUCUGGCAAGAGGGCGCUGAUAGAGAGUUACCAGAACCUGACCCGGGUGGCCGACUACUGUGAGAACAACUACAUACAGGCUACAGACAAGAGAAAAGCUUUAGAAGAGACCAAAGCCUACACAACCCAAUCCCUAGCUAGUGUUGCUUAUCAAAUAAAUGCGUUGGCCAACAAUGUCCUCCAGUUGCUGGAUAUCCAGGCCUCUCAGCUUCGGAGAAUGGAGUCUUCCAUCAAUCAUAUCUCACAGACUGUGGACAUUCAUAAAGAGAAAGUGGCUCGAAGAGAGAUUGGUAUUUUGACAACAAACAAGAAUACAUCAAGAACUCACAAAAUAAUAGCACCCGCAAAUAUGGAGCGCCCUGUAAGGUAUAUUCGGAAACCUAUUGACUAUACAGUGCUGGAUGAUGUGGGCCAUGGCGUCAAGUGGCUAAAAGCCAAGCAUGGAAAUAACCAGCCUGCAAGAACUGGCACACUGUCGAGAACAAAUCCUCCUACUCAGAAGCCGCCGAGUCCUCCCAUGUCAGGCCGGGGAACGCUGGGACGGAACACUCCUUACAAAACCCUGGAACCUGUUAAACCCCCAACAGUUCCUAAUGACUACAUGACAAGUCCUGCUAGGCUCGGAAGUCAGCAUAGUCCAGGCAGGACAGCUUCUUUAAAUCAGAGACCGAGGACACACAGUGGAAGCAGUGGAGGAAGUGGAAGUCGAGAAAACAGUGGAAGCAGCAGUAUUGGCAUUCCCAUUGCCGUGCCUACACCCUCGCCACCCACUAUUGGACCAGAAAGCAUUUCUGUCCCUCCUCCUUCUGGAGCUCCACCAGCACCACCUCUUCCACCACUUCACCCAGUGAACACUGUGAUAGCAGCCCCGGGCUCAGCUCCUGGUUCCCAGUAUGGCACAAUGAGCAGGCAGAUCUCUCGACACAACUCGACCACUUCCUCGACAUCUUCUGGUGGAUACAGACGGACUCCCUCUGUGACUGCUCAGUUUUCCGCUCAGCCUCAUGUUAAUGGAGGUCCACUUUAUUCUCAAAAUUCAAUUUCUAUUGCUCCACCCCCUCCCCCUAUGCCUCAGUUGACUCCACAGAUACCUCUCACAGGCUUCGUGGCCAGGGUGCAGGAAAACAUUGCUGAUAGUCCAACUCCACCACCCCCACCUCCGCCAGAUGACAUUCCCAUGUUUGAUGACUCUCCACCUCCGCCACCACCACCUCCCGUGGAUUAUGAAGACGAGGAGGCUGCAGUGGUUCAGUAUAAUGAUCCAUAUGCAGAUGGGGAUCCUGCUUGGGCCCCCAAGAAUUAUAUUGAGAAAGUUGUGGCAAUAUAUGAUUAUACAAAAGACAAGGAUGAUGAGCUAUCAUUUAUGGAGGGUGCAAUCAUUUAUGUAAUAAAGAAGAAUGACGACGGCUGGUAUGAAGGAGUCUGCAAUCGAGUGACUGGUCUGUUCCCUGGGAACUAUGUCGAAUCAAUCAUGCACUAUACUGAUUAAAUUCUUUUGGCUUUUAAAGUAGGUUCUUACUACUCAGUCAUACUGUGGGACUAUUAUGGUUAACAGAAUUGUCUUAAAAUGUUUAAAAAUGUGCCCAUAUUUUCAGGACAUGCUGUUUUAUUGGUAUAAUUGAAUGUCUACCUGUAAGCAUAAAUCUUGGAGGCAGUUCGUGAUUGCUAAAUAGCAGUUCAUACAGGAGGCUGUCCAUAACUGAUUAUGCUUAUGUACUUACACAUUGUUAACUUGAUGACCAGCCUAAAUAUUCUGGGGGUGUGGGGUAUAAUAUUUAACAAAUCAUGGUUCAGAUUGUACCAUUACAUGUUUCAGUGCAGCAUGGUUACUAACGCUAUGUCAGACUAAUAUUAAAAUCAGAAAACUUAAA